AUGCUUAUCAUAACACCUGCGUUGCAGCAGACACAGCUUUUUGGCAAAGCACAUUCUCCCUUUUUAGGAGUCAAAGGCACAGUUAUUCGGCCUGAUGCCCGGUCUGAGAACGCGGUCAAUGCCUUGGACCGAAGGGCUGACAGUGCCACCGAAUGGUGUAAGAAAUGGAGUCACCAAAGUGCUAUCGUGAACGGCACAAUGUACAUCUACGGUGGCCGAAUGUCGACCUCAUCUGCGCAAACCAACGACACUUGGAACAACGAAUUCGUCACGUUAGACCUCACCAAAUCCUGGGACAUCUCGUCACCCGCCUUCCGAGCACUUCCCCAGCCCAGCGGACCUCCCCCAGUAUCGAACGGGUACCUCUGGAGCUCGUACGGGGCUCUGUACCUCUACGGUGGCGAGUUUUCCGACACCCCCCCUGAGCAGCCGGUUGACUUUGCGGUUUGGGAAUACGAUAUCAAGGCCUCGGAAUGGAAGGAACACAGCAAUCCUCGAACGUCCGCAGGUAUCAAUGCUGCCGGAGGCGGAGAACCUGUACAACGCUCCGCGGAAGGUGCGGGAAUCAAUGUCCCUUCGCUUGGGAGAGGGUUCUACUUUGGCGGGCAUUUAGAUCUCUAUACCACACCCGGCUGGUCGGCCCAGAUCCCGCGAGUAUACUUGAAAUCCUUGAUCGAGUACACCUUUCCGGGCCAUGAAAACAAGGCGGUUUCUGGAUUGGAUGCCGCCGGUUCGGAUGGUGCAUGGCGCAACAUCACGGAAGGUGGGUUGCAAGAGAGUGCUGGAUUUACCGAGCGUGCGGACGGGGUGCUGGUAUUUGUCCCGGGAUUUGGCGAUGAGGGAAUACUGCUGGGACUGGCUGGCGGUACCGAGACCACGUUCACUCAGAUGAACGUCAUCGACGUCUACGACAUCGCUGGAUCAACGUGGUACAAGCAAUCGACGUCGGGGAAAUCUCCGAAGAUUCGAGUCAACCCUUGCGCGGUCGUCGCGGCCGCAGCUGAUGGUACCAGUUACAAUGUGUAUAUGUUCGGCGGGCAAAACCUCCAACCAUUCCAACAACAGACGCAGUACGAUGACAUGUGGAUCCUCUCCAUUCCGUCCUUCACGUGGAUUGAAGUGGACCAGUCCAAGCAGUCGGUGCCGUUCGGGCGAGCCGGGCACUCCUGCAACAUCUGGGACGGGCAGAUGGUCCUGGUCGGAGGAUACGUGGGACAAGAGAUCUCAUGCGACUCGCCCGGCGUCUACGUGUUCAAUACCAGCACCCUAGAAUGGGUCAACCGUUUCACCAGCUUGACCGGCCCGUCGCAGGGGGCGGGCAAAACCAUCGACGUCGGCGACCCUGUCACCGGAAACCCGUUCUCACAACAAGGUUCCCAGCUUGGUUCGAACUCCUCGUCCGGCCUGCAUGGGAGCUUCGGCUACUCCGUCCCCCAACCCGUGAUUGACGCCAUCGGCGGGAACCCUUUGGGAGGAGCGACGGUCACGGCCCCGGCGCAGUCGGCCACCGGUGGUCCCAUCGCCACGGGCAAGCCGAUCUACUACACGGUGACCAGCAUCAACGGGCAAACGGUUACAACCACGGCGUCGCCCGGCAAUAGCGACGGCAGUUCCGCGGGCCGCGUCGGCGCCAUCGUCGCGGGCACCAUCGCAGGGUUCUUGCUCUUCCUCGCCGGAUACCUCGCCUUCUGCGCGUACAUCUACCGCAAGCGGGUGCAGCUGUACCAACGGCACCUGGCCAUGGCGCAGCGCGGGGCGGCUGACCCGCAGCAGGCGGAGAAGGAAAGCAUAUUCGGGCGGCUGAGCAGCGCGGGGAACUUCUUCGCGGCGCCGAAGCAUGUCAGCGAGGCGAGUAGCGGGCAGACGCCGUGGCGGCCAGGGCAUUCGUCGCAGGGGAGCUACACCGGGAGUGCGGACGGGUUGCAAGGGAAUCAUCCGUUAUUGCGGCCCGGUUCGUCGGGGAGCGACUCGGAAGAUCUGAUAGCGGGACAGGAGCCGAGCUUCUGGGGACCGAGGGGGGUGGUGUUGAAUCCGAGGAGGACAUUGCGGGUGAUUAAUCAAUGA